AUGUAUUGCCUGGAAGAACCUUGACCCUGCUGGAAGCUGACUCACGUGAUGUAGGUUCCCAUAUUUGCCAAGAAUCCACCUGAAAAGUGAUCAGUGGUCUCUGAACAAGUGAGAGAAGCUGUGCCCCUUCUUUGCUCCUUUGACCCUUGGAUGGCACAACUUAUAAACCAGGGUUGCACGUGUCUUUGAAAUAACAUAUCAUUGUCACUUUGCUUUCCAAAGGUAAAGAGGCUAAUAAAUUUUAUGGCUGCUGAGUUAUCAACUUGUUAAAAUAUAAAGGAGGAAAGAGAAUUUCUUUCUUCACAGCCUUAAUGUCUAACUGACAGCCCCCCAGGACUAUCAAUUUGUGGAGGCACUUAUCAUGAAGCUAUUGUUAGGUCUGUUGUUCCUGUGGUUGUGCUCCUCAGAAGGUCAUGCAGAUCAUCUGGAAGAACAGGGGAAGCUAAAGGCCCUAAGAAGCUUCCAGUUUUCAUGUGAGCAGGCGAUGUUACCCAAGACCCGUUCAUCUUCAGUUCACGCUCUGAGGCCAGCUGACAUAAAUACCGUCACUGCAAUAGGAAGUUUGCAAAGAACACCAGGAUCUGGCAUACAUCACGAGGAUCCACCCCAAAGCACAGGAAAAAGCCUCCUUGAAGUAAGCGUGGAAACGUUAGCAGCUCUCAUUAGCAGUUUUAAUCCCUCAGUCCUACACCAGUCUCCUCUGCUUGGCACAAAGGGAGCGACAUCAGAGAGUCAAGCUAUAGACCUCCUGAAUCAAGCUGAAGAAAUAGUGAAGCUCAUGAAAGAGAAUAAGAUGAUGAACUUCCAAAAUGACUGGAAACUGAUCACAGUUUUUUUUAGUGCUGAAAACCCACGUUCUUCCUGUGCCUCCACAGAAGUGAAGAACUGCAUACUGGACAACCUGGAAAAACUUAAAGCUGUCUUGGAUUUUUUGUAUAAAAUGGUUCCCAAGGCCUUCAUAAAUCUGGUGGAUGCCACUGAGCUCACAACUUCCUUUCUUGCAGGCCAAGAUUACAAUAACAACAGCAAUCCAGGCUGGAAUGAGUGCAAUCAUGUUGGUGAACACUCCACAUUAGAUGAUAACAUACUGAGGUGGUCUUAUCAGGAUGCUUGGGAAAAACUUCUGAACUCUGAAAGGUAUAAUCAAAAGGAUGACUUCACUGUUGUUCUUCAGCCAUCUCUCCAAGAAACAAACCUGCUGCACAGACUGGGCAGGGGUAGUUUCAUUACCACAUCAAAGGUGCAAACAGAAACUCUGGAAGAAGAUUAUGCUUCGAUGGCUGUGGGCCUCUGGAACAACAUGAUGGAGCCAGUUGGACAGAAACAGCCUUACAGUGACACAAAAAUGCUUCAGGUCCACUGUCCAUCUCAGGAAAAUCCGUAUUUGUUUACAUAUAGAAAUAGUAACUACUCAUCUUCCCUGGAGACAUCAAACACCAAAGAAACAUCUCAGGAAAGGACUUACGGAGCAAAUAUAUCCUGUUCUGACCGGCGUCCCUCUGAUACAGUUCCGGUUUCAGUUCAUAAUUUGAAACCGGCUGAUAUUCGGGUGAUUGGUGCCCUGGGAGAUUCAAUCACAGCAGGUAACGGUGCAAAAUCCAAACGCUAUGAUCUUCUGGAUGUCUUGACUCAAUACCGAGGUGUUUCUUGGAGUGGUGGAGGAGAUGAAAGCUUAAGCACAGUCACAACAUUAGCAAAUAUUCUUCGUGAGUUCAACCCAUCCCUGAUAGGGUAUUCCAUUGGCACUGGAAGGCAGGAUACAGAUAAUGCUUCACUCAACCAAGCUGUGGCAGGGAAUCAUGCAGAGCAUGUUCCUGCACAGGUUAGAAGACUGGUGGACCGAAUGAAGAAUGAUACUAGAAUAGAUUUUCAGACCGACUGGAAACUCAUAACACUUUUCAUAGGAGGAAAUGACCUAUGCCAAUUCUGCAGCGAUCCAGUACGCUAUUCUCCUGAAAACUACACCUAUGGUAUACAAACCGCGUUGGACAUGCUUCACAGAGAGGUUCCACGGGCAUUUGUGAACCUGGUGACAAUCAUUUCCAUAGAAAGACUUCGGGAGCUGAAAGCAGUAGAAAACAGUACCUGCCCAAAGUGGCUUAUGAGUAUGCUGUGCCCUUGUGUUAUAAACCCGGAGGACAAUUCCAAUGAGUUGAAGAAGUUGGUCUACUUUAACAAAAUGUACCAGGAGAGAACCCGUCAGUUAGUGGAGAGCGGAAGGUAUGACACUACGGAUGAUUUCACAGUGGUUUUGCAGCCAUUUCUGUUGAAUGUGAGCAUGCCAAAAACACAGGAGGGGUUCCCAGACACUUCAUACUUUGCCCCGGACUGUUUCCAUUUCAGCCAGAAGUCUCAUUCCUACCUCGCAUCUGCUUUGUGGAACAACAUGCUGGAACCCUUGGGGGAGAAGACAAUUUAUGAGCAACUACAAGCUGCGGUUGUUAUCAAAUGUCCAAAUGAGGCUGAGCCAUUCCUGAAGACAUAUAAGAACAGCAAUUACACAUACCCUAACCAAACUCCAAAUUAUGGAAGCCAGCUGCUAUGCGAGGACAGGUCUCCAUCCUUCCCUCCUCCAACUUCAGUGAAUUCUCUAAAACCAGCUGAUGUGAAAGUUAUAGCAGCCCUUGGGGAUUCUUUCACGGCUGGCACAGGAAUUGCCUCAGAUAGUCUCCUGGAUUUGGACACUGAAUACCGUGGACUGUCUUGGAGUAUUGGAGGAGAUGCAUCAUUAGCAAAUGUGACAACUCUACCUAACAUCUUUCGAGAGUUCAAUGGUAUGAUCACAGGCUAUUCGACUGGCAUUGGCAGUGAGAAUGAUUCGAAUGCAUUCUUUAACCAGGCAGUUCCUGGAGCACAGGCUGAGCACUUACCAGACCAAGCAAGAAAUCUCGUGAGACUAAUGAAAACUGAUCCUAGAAUUGACUUCAGUGCUGACUGGAAGCUCAUAACGGUGCAUAUUGGAGGCAACGAUCUGUGCAACUAUUGCAAAGACCUUGAUCACUACUCAGCUGAGAAUUUCGUCAGAAGGAUUCAAGAAACUCUUGAUAUUCUGCACAAUGAGGUUCCAAGAGCUGUGGUGAGUCUGGUUGAAGUGUUGGACCUUGUGCCUCUGAGACAGUUGUUUGUGGAUACUGAAGUUCGGUGCCCCACUUACAUGGCAGAUUACCUGUGUAGUUGUGUUCUUACAGGAGAAGAAAACUCCCCAAAUUUAAUGAUGGUGAAGGAAGCCACCAGAGCUUACCAGCUUGGUGUUGAGAGACUAGUGGAGUCUGGCAGAUAUGAUACUCAUGAAAAUUUCACAGUGAUACUCCAGCCUUUCUUCCGAAAUACCAAGAUUCCUCUUGGUCAGGAUGGGUAUCCAGAUGUCUCCUACUUUUCACCUGACUGCUUCCAUCCAAGCCAGAAAGGCCAUUCUCAGCUUGCCAAGGCACUCUGGAAUGCUCUGGUACAGCCUGUAGGCCAGAAAGCUGACUCUUUUGAUUUCAUGGCUGACAUUGUCCUUGACUGUCCAACUCAGAACAAUCCAUUCCUGGGAACAUACAAGAAUAGCAACCAUACAUUUGUACCUGUGGUGCCCACUAAUGAACCAACAGAGAAUUGGGGCAGCAACCUGUCAUGUUCUGAAUGGGCUCCAUCCACUCGUGUCCCAACAUCAGCACAUGAGCUACAACCUGCCGACAUCAAAGUCAUAGGAGCACUGGGAGAUUCCCUAACAGCUGCAGUAGGAGCCAAAGCAACUGACCCACCAACAGAAUGGAGGGGAUUUUCCUGGAGUAUUGGAGGUGAUGAGACCCUGGAGACCCAGGCUACUUUACCUAAUAUCUUGAAAAAAUUCAAUGCGAACCUCUUUGGCUUCUCCACUGGCAGCUCUAAGGAAACAGCUGGAUUCAACGUUGCGGAGAGUGGUGCCACAGCGCGUAAUAUGUCAGCCCAAGCACGUGAAUUGGUGGACCUAAUGAGAAGCAGCUCGAAAAUUAAUUUCAAGGAAGACUGGAAGCUGAUCACCAUCCUCAUUGGAAGCAAUGACCUAUGCCAGUACUGCUUGGACAAGGAAACCUAUUCAGUGCAAAAGUAUCUAGAACAUCUUCAAAAUGCUCUGGAUAUUUUCUAUGAGGAGCUCCCGAGAGUCUUUGUCAACAUGGUGGAGACACUGGAGAUUUCUGGACUGCGUCAGAUCGCAGCAAGCUAUCCGGGGUGUGCUUUGACAACAAAGAAUUUGUGCCCAUGUUUUGUAAACCCCAAUGAAGAUUCUUCUGAACUUCAAGAAAUUAAGAGAGUUAACAGAGAUUUCCAGGCAGAAGCCUUACAGCUGAUCAACAGCGAUCGAUAUGAAGGGCGUGAGGACUUUGCAGUUGUCAUGCAGCCAUUUUUCCGAAACACCUUGGUGCCCCUGGAUAGUAGUGGCAAGCCAAAUCUGAGUUUUUUUGCUGCAGACUGCUUUCAUUUCAGUGCAAGAGGCUACGCUGAGAUGGCCAUGGCUCUCUGGAAUAAUAUGCUGGAGCCAGUUGGUGAAAAGCAGACUUACAUCAACUUUACCCAUGACAGAUCAAAACUCAAGUGUCCAAACCCUGAAAAACCCUUUCUUUCCACACCGAGAAAUAGUGGAUCCAGAAAUUCAGCUCUCAUCUUGGAGAAAACUGAACCUUCAGUCCCCUACUGGGCUGUCAUUGUGGCUGCAGUAGCUGGAGUCCUGGUGGGUUCUUUACUCAUCUGGCUUGUGUCAGGAAAAAGAGCCAAGAGGCACCAACGUGAGACUGACAGAGAAAAGAACGUUAAAAUGACAACUCUGUAAAGUGACUGGAACAAACAUCUGUCUCUGCUGAGGCUGGUCUCUGGUGUGAUGCAGCAAAGUAAAAAAAAAAAAAAAACGUUGGGUAUAAAUGAAGCUCCUUGGUUAACCAGGAAUUUUGGGGCCUGAUAAUCUUGAUCAGAAAGGUACUGUGGAAUUAGUUUCUGCAGAUCAGUCAAGUGGAGGAUGAAGUUCAAAGUGUUAAAGCUUUUUCAUUCUGGGAUGCAAUUCUCCAUUUAAUGAAUAUUAAUCAGGAUGUCAAUUGCUUGUUUGUGCAUCUUGGCACCUUAAUUCUGCCCUGUUUUCUUAUAUACCUGUAUAUCAAAUGUUAGAUACAAGUCCACCAAUAGUAAGGUGAGAUAAAAAAGAAAAGCUGCAAUUCCACAUGUUAGAUUCCAGCAAGACCAUUGGGCUGAAGGUCAUUUUACACAGGGAAAUAUAAGGUCAUGGAAACAACUUUAAGCCAACUUCUGAGCAACCUGGACCAUCCAUGUGGCACCUCUGGUGCAGUGCAGUGAGAAUAAUCACAGCCUAUCCACUGCCUUGGACUCCAGGGACCAGACGUGAAGCUGGGCGACAUGCAUCACUUCUCCUCCAAGGCUAACUAGCCCAGGGCCAUUCUGCAUCCUGCUGCCCACUGCUGUUCAACAGCUGGUUCAAGAAUGGGCUCUUCCUGUGAAGAAGGAAUUUCUUCAUUAGCAUGCAGUAGGGGGUCUAAACAAAAAUGAGGUACCUGAUUGGCAACCUAGCCUGACCUGAACCCUUCUCAUAGGACCUGUGGCAUGUUCAGGUGUCCCAUACUGGAAUCUCCAUGGAUAUGCCCCGAGGAAUAACUUGCAAAGUUUUUUCAAAAUUCUGAUCAGGACUUCAGAGGAGGCUGUUCCGGGAAAUUAGACAUUCCUUGUUUCAUACUUGCAGGUCAACUCGCAUUGAAUACAUUUUGCAGGUUCCCCAUGUCUUGUUUUCCAAUAUCUUUGUUGUUUCCUGUGUCAAAUACUGCAAAUUUUUAUUUUACAGAAGCCAAAGGGUGGUUUGCACUUAUGUGAUUUUUUUCUUUCUUUUUUUCUAUUUUUUUUUCAAUGUGUACAACAUUUGCACUCCAGAAAUGCAAAUGAGCAUAAAAAUAAAAUGUUUCAG